AUGGAUGAGGCUCAAACCGAUGUUGGCCGAACCGACAAGAUGUUUGCUUUCGAGGACGAUGACAUUGUGCCUGACAUACUAUGUCUGUCUAAAACACCUCGUUGCAGCCUACCCCUGGGAUCAGUCAGAACGACGGCAGAGAUUGCACAUGGCCUCUCCGAGUCCAAGUUUCUGUGGCUUACCACCCACUUGAAUGAUCCCCUUACUGCAGCUGUUGGUGACAAAGUUUUCGAAAUCGUGGAGCGCGACAACAUCGCCCAUCGUGCUGCUGAGCGUGGCGAGCACCUACGUGCUGGGCUAGUCAAGCUUCAAGAUAAAGGAUCGUUGCAUUGGAGGCCCCCUAGAGCGGAUUUGGGCCAGCUCAUCUCCAACGAGGCUCGUGUACUGGGCCUGUCGUGCAACGUUGUGAACUUGCCGGUUAUUGGUGAUGUCUUCCGGCUUGCUCCUCCGGUAACCGUCACUGCGAACGUCAUUGAUGUGGGUCUGAGUAUUCUGGACGAGGCCUUCGCAAGCAUCCCAGCACGUUCGCUAGUGAACCAUAGAAUAGAAUAA